GGCCUGCAGGGGCCAGGCAAGAUGGCGGCUAUGGAGACAGAGGCAGCACUGCUGACCCUAGAAUCGUUGCCCACGGACCCGCUGCUCCUCAUCUUAUCUUUCUUGGACUACCGCGACCUAAUCAAUUGUUGCCAUGUCAGUCGAAGACUUAGCCAGCUAUCAAAUCAUGAUCCACUGUGGAGAAGACAUUGCAAAAAAUACUGGCUUAUAUCUGAAGAAGAGAAAACACAGAAGAAUCAGUGUUGGAAAUCUCUCUUCAUAGAUACUUACUCUGAUGUAGGAAGAUACAUUGACCAUUAUGCUGCUAUUAAAAAGGCCUGGGAUGAUCUCAAGAAAUACUUGGAACCCAGGUGUCCUCGGAUGGUUUUAUCUCUGAAAGAAGGGGCUCGAGAGGAAGACCUGGAUGCUGUGGAAGCUCAGAUCGGUUGCAAGCUUCCUGAUGAUUAUCGAUGCUCGUAUCGCAUCCAUAACGGGCAGAAGCUAGUGGUUCCUGGGUUGUUGGGAAGUAUGGCACUGUCUAAUCACUAUCGUUCUGAGGAUUUGUUAGACGUCGACACAGCUGCUGGAGGAUUCCAGCAGAGACAGGGAUUGAAAUAUUGUCUCCCUUUAACUUUUUGCAUACACACUGGUUUGAGUCAGUACAUAGCAGUGGAAGCUGCAGAAGGCCGAAACAAAAAUGAAGUUUUCUACCAGUGUCCAGACCAAAUAGCUCGGAAUCCAGCUGCUAUUGACAUGUUUAUCAUAGGUGCUACUUUUACUGACUGGUUUACCUCUUAUGUCAACAAUGUUGUAUCAGGUGGUUUCCCAAUCAUCAGAGACCAAAUUUUCAGAUAUGUUCACGAUCCAGAAUGUGUAGCAACAACUGGGGAUAUUACAGUUUCAGUUUCCACAUCGUUUCUGCCAGAACUUAGCUCUGUACAUCCUCCCCAUUAUUUCUUCACAUACCGAAUCAGGAUUGAAAUGUCAAAGGAUGCACUUCCUGAGAAGGCUUGUCAGUUGGACAGUCGCUAUUGGAGAAUAACAAAUGCUAAAGGUGAUGUAGAAGAAGUUCAAGGACCUGGAGUUGUGGGUGAAUUUCCGAUCAUCAGCCCUGGUCGGGUAUAUGAAUACACAAGUUGUACCACAUUCUCUACAACAUCAGGAUAUAUGGAAGGUUAUUAUACCUUCCAUUUUCUUUACUUUAAAGACAAGAUCUUUAAUGUCGCUAUUCCCCGAUUCCAUAUGGCAUGUCCUACAUUUAGGGUAUCUAUAGCCCGAUUGGAAAUGGGUCCUGAUGAAUAUGAAGAGAUGGAAGAGGAAGAGGAAGAGGAGGAGGAAGAAGACGAUGAUUCGGCAGAUAUGGAUGAAUCAGAUGAGGAAGAUGAGGAGGAGAGGCGGAGGAGAGUCUUCGAUGUUCCCAUUCGCCGACGUCGCUGCUCACGCCUUUUUUAGCAAGGCUUAUGGAAGCACUGGGAUAACUCCAGUCUGUCAAAUCAGUCGCCCAAUAAUGUAAAUAACUAAAUCAUCCUCAGCAUAUAGCAGGAAAACUAGCAUGAAAUAUUGUUCCAGGCCCUGAGUUCUAUGCGACAGUACAUUAGGAAUUGGAUUGUUUUCGUUUGCCUUGUGUUUUCGAGGUAUAGGAGCAAAUGGAAAUCUUUUUUUCUCAUCCAGAAUUUAAUGGCGGAAUAGUUCUCUAGCUAAGGAACAGGCAGUUCUUUGUUUUAAAAUAUUUUAUACUUAUGAAAAUACAGAAAUGGGGAGGGAAUUGUUUUGAAUAAGGAUUUAAAAUAUAGCAGAAAUACUAUACAUGGAUAGAGAAAAACUAUGUAACUGAAUAAUUCUAUGAAAAGACUUCUUGCAGUUGUGAGUUAUUUAGAAAUGAAUACAAUUUGUAAUUAGGCCAAUCCAUGUAGUGAUUCCUAUAUAUUUUGUACUCACAGGAAACUAUUGACUAAAUAACUUGAAUGCUAGUGGUCUGCCCUUUCUUAGACAAUCUGUUCUUGAAUUUAAAGUCUUUAUCAUUAAGACCUUGAAUUUAAAGUCUUUAUCACUGCAAUCUUGAAUUUAAAGUCUUCAUGACUACAACCUUGACCUUGAAAUUAAAGUCUUCAGUACUACCAACUUGUAUCAUUUCCAUAUGCAUCGUUUUUGAAAUGUAGUGUGUAAAAGUAUGUAGUGUAUUGUUUACUAACACAAAAUUCUUCACAAUGUCUCAUGUAGUCUAAAUUUGUAAAUACUGUCUCUGUUUUGUUUCUCCUUUAUAAAUUUUACUGUCUAAGUUUGUGAUAAGUGACAUGAAUUUUAUGUUAAAAUAAGUAUGUUUUCCUGAAACUUUUUUUUUUUUUUUUUUGUAAUUAUAUAAUUGAGAAUUUGGAAUGAAAUCCUUUAAAUGUCAAAAGCUCACAUUUUAAAAGCAAUUUUGGUUC